UCUAUUGAUGAUUUGGAUGUUGGUGAUUUUCGUUUGUUUGAUGUUGAUAAUCGUUGUGUUUUGCCUGUGGGAACUAAUUUGGGUAUUUAUUGUACUUCUAGUGACGUGAUUCAUUCUUUUGCUAUUCCUAAGUGUUUUAUUAAGAUAGACGCUCUUAAUGGUUUGUUAACUAAG